AUGCGCUGGACUGGGCUCCUCACGCUGGUGUUCGCGGCGCCGAGUAUCGCCGUGGUUCGAUUCCAUUGCUCGCAGUUGGUGGUGCAGAGGGUCGACCCUCUGGUCGAGCCAGGCUCAAUCCCCUCGUCCCACGUCCAUCAGAUUGUUGGCGGCAACUCGUUCAACGCAAGCAUGGACCCCCAAAAAGACAUGCCGGCCGAGUCGACGUGCACUUCGUGCCAGUUCACCGAAGACUUCUCCAACUACUGGACCGCCAUCCUCUACUUCCGCGCGCAAAACGGCAGCUACAAGCGCGUCCACCAGCUCGGCAACAACCAGUUCGAGACGGCCAACGGCGGCCUGACCAUCUACUACAUGCAGGAUGCCAUCUACGACCAGGCGCAGAAGUCGAGGGUCACGGCGUUCAAGCCAGGGUUCCGCAUGUUCGUCGGCAACGUGUCGGCGCGGACGCUCGAAGACGCGGCGCGGUUCCGGCAGCUCACCUACGUCUGCAUGGAGACGUGGACGAUGCGGGCGCCCGAGACGAUGGGAUUCCCAACGCGCAAGUGCAAGGAGGGCAUCAUGACCUCAGUACGCUUCCCGACAUGCUGGGACGGCAAGAACCUCGACAGCCCGGACCACAUGGGCCACAUGAGCUACCCGGAGACGGGCACGUUCGAGAGCGGCGGGCCGUGCCCGGCGUCGCACCCGGUGCGCACGGCGCAGGUCAUGUACGAGGUGGUCUGGGACACCAAGCCCUUUAACACCCUCGACUGGCCCGCCGACGGCAGCAGCCCGUUCGUGUGGUCGUUUGGCGACGCCACGGGCUACGGCAACCACGGCGACUACGUGUUUGGUUGGAAGGGGGAUGCGCUGCAGCGCAUCCUCGACGUGCCCUGCACGUUCAGCACCAACUGCACCCGCGAGUCGCAGUCCAAGAUCCAGUCCAUUCCCAAUAUGAACCAGUGCACGCAGCAGCCCGUGGUGGGUGAGGACAUUGACGGAUGGCUCGACGCUCUGCCCGGCGGAUACCACGCUCAGUAUGCACCCGGAUCGGCGGGGAUGCGAUAG